UUGGUUGAAAACAUACGGUACCCCAAUUCAAGGAAGCUCUACUGCAUGGUGGUUGAAGUUUCUGAGAUGUUUAUAUUGCAAGUGAAGUUAUCUCCUUUUUAUUUUAACUUCGUUUGUUGAGUUUGGUGAAAGAAAGUGUAUAGUUCGAUAAACAAGAAAACCAACAAAGAUUAUCUUUUUGUUCAUUAAACUAAACAAAAACAUCAUAUGUUUCAAAUCUAAUCAUUUCUCAAUACAAACACUUUUAUUUAUUUCCAAUUUUUAAUAUGGAAACCAAAGACAACAACAACAUUGAAGCUACAAGAAAGUUCUUAACUUCUACCUUAGAAACAUCAAAAGCUAUUGCUUCUUCAUUAGAUGAAUCUGGUUCAAGAUUGAAGCUUCUUAACAAAAAAUGUUUAUCAUUGCAAACUUCACUUAAACUCAUCUCAAUGCAAAGUUUUUCAUUUUGUGAUGUUGAAAAUGGUAUGAACAGUGUUCUAUGUUCUGUUUCAGCAGUAGUUAAAGUUUUUCAAUGUGUUAAUCAGUUGGAAAAUUCUCUCUUGAUAGAACCAAGUUAUGAUUUUUUCACAUAUGUCUCAAACACAAAGAAGCUUGAAGAAGCAUUGAAGCUUCUCACUGAUAAUUGCAAGUUAGCAUCAUGUUGGUUGAGAAGUGUUUUUGAAAAAAAACCAACAUAUACAAAUGAUAUUUACCUUUUGAAUGUAGAAAAAGUCUUAAGAAUAUUGCAAGAAUUGCAAGCCAUAGAAGACGGUGCGCGCCUCGACCGAGGAAUUCUUAGUAUUGCUCUUGACAAACUUGAGAUUUCUUUUCACAAACUUUUAAUGUCAAACACUAUGCCUCUUCCUUUGGUUUCACUAAUUGAUCAGCCAAAUAUCAUUGAAAAACAAGGUUUUCCGUUUCCGAGUUCUUUAACAAGUAAGUUUCAAGUCAUCGCCGAGAGAUUAAAUGCUAACAACAGGCUAGACAAGUGUCAAUCUAUGUAUGUUGAAGUUCGAGGUAUGAAUGCGCGACGAAGUUUGAAGACUAUUGAUUUAAGCUACCUUGAGAUUCCGAUAUCUGAGUUUGAGGAUGCACAUGGAAUAGAGAGUUGCAUAGAGCAAUGGAGUAUUCAUUUGGAGUUGGUUGUGGAGAAACUUCUUGAGGUUGAGUUUAUGCUCUCUUCAAUAAUCUUCGAGAAAAUCAGUCCAGAAGCAUCGAUGAAAUGUUUUGCAAAGAUUGCGAUUGAAUCGGGAAUUUUUUCCUUUAUAAAAUUUGGAAAAUUUGUUAGUGAGAGGAAAAAUGAGCCUUUGAAGCUGUUGAAUUUGUUGUCUAUGUUUAGAGUUUUGAAUGGUUUAAGACUAAAAUUCAAUAAACUUUUUAGAGGUGAAGCUUGUGAAGAAAUUAGAAUUGUGAUAAAGGAUCUUAUUACAAGAGUUGUGAAUUGUGCUAGUGAUAUUUUCUUCCAACUUUCAGAACAAGUGAAGUUGCAAAGACCAUCUUGUCCUCCCUCAGAUGGAAGUGUUCCUAGGUUGGUAAGUUUUGUCACUAAUUAUUGCAAUAAGCUUCUUAGUGAUGAGUAUAAGCCACAUUUGAUACAAGUUUUGGAAAUUCAUCUUAGUUGGAAAAAGGAACUAUAUGAAGAGGGUAUUUUUUGGACUCAAAUAUAUAGCAUAAUUAAGGAAGUUGCAUUAAAUUUAGAUGUUUGGUCAAAAGCCUAUGAAGAUAUCACUUUGUCUUAUUUUUUUAUGAUGAAUAAUCAUUGUCAUUUCUAUAAUUUAAAGGGUACUUUAGUUGGAAAUAUGAUGGGAGAUUCUUGGUUAAAAGCACAUGAACAAUAUAAAGAGUAUUAUGCAUCACUUUAUUUGAGGAAUAGUUGGGGAAAUCUUCAAAAUAUUCUUGUUGUUCAAAAGGACAUAGUUUCAUCUUCUAUGAUUUUUGAAGAUUUGGCUAAGAGACUAAAGACUUUCAAUCUAGCUUUUGAUGAAAGGUACAAAAAGGAAUGUAAAUGGAUAAUCAUUGAUGAAAUAUUAAGGGAAAAUAUAUGCAAGCAUUUAGUGGAAGGUAUUGUACCAAUUUAUAAGGUGUACUUGAAGAAUUACAUUUUGUGUGUUGAAAGUGAUGAUGGUGUGGUUGAUAAGCAUAUUAUUAAAUAUACAGCAAAGGGUUUGGAGAAUAAGAUUUGGUCAUUGUUUCAACCAAAGAUGAGGAAACAUGGUGAUAGCAUUAAACACAAAGAUUUGAUUAGUAAAAUAAAAGAAGUGAGUCAUCAUUUUCGGUUGAGUUUAGUUGCUUUAUAGUUAUGUGUGUUAUUUUUCUUGUAUUUGGUAGAUGGAAUGUUGAUGUACUCAAUGAUAAACUAAUAUUAAUGUACUCUAAUGCAUUAUGUUUUAUAAAAAAAAAAUGCAAAGCAAGAUAAAUUUUAGAGUAA